AUGUCCUGGUUACUUCCUUCGCUCGUUGUUGGUCUUUGUUUUGCUGGACUCGUCAACAGUUGGCCCAUGGAGAGUAAGUCAUGUCUUAAUCGUUGUUAUGCGUCAUUAAAUCUACAGUUAACUCCAUCUAAGAUGGACAUCUUUGGACUAGUCCUGACUGUCCGUCUUAAAGAGAGUCUAGGUAAUGUGAGAGCCCCACUGAGAACCGCCUUGGCGAGUUGGGCUCCCUCUAUAAAUAUUAUUAUUAUUAUUAUUAUUAUUAUUAUUACUAUUAUUAUUAGCAUUAUCAUUAUCAUUAUUAUUAUUAUCAGUAUUAUUAUUAUUAUUAUUAUUAAUAUUAUUACGUGACACCAGUAAUUUUAAUGCUGAACCUAUUCGCGAUGAAUACAUGUCUGCUUAACUAAAACAGCUAAAAUAAAACUGGAACAUUGUAACAGAAAACUGGAAUAAUUUUACUCAUUAUGCAAUCAAACGUUAAUUACAAGCAAACGUUCACGGCUUUGUAGUCUAAAAGCGAAACAGUAUACACUCAGCGAACUGGAGCAAGACUACAAAAUAUUAAACAUUUUCGGCAAUUUACUGUUAUGUAGAGCACCUAACGUGUAAAUUUCCGUUUUGAGGUAUUUUUCAGUGUAUAAAGCACUUCCCAAUUCGUCGUUGACGGUUUCAAAAGUGACCGUGGUCCGUCUUCAGUCAAAAAGUCUUGUAAAACAAAAGUACUGACGUGCAUGUCGUUUUUUUAUAAUGUACAGACUAUGGUCUUCACUUUCCGAGAAAAGGAACGGCCGAUUAUGCCAACCUCUGGAACAUGCCCAGUUUGAAUGCGUCCACCGUCUGUUUCUGGAUGAAAUCAUCCUCCUCUAAUGCAGGAACACCAUUUAGUUAUGCCGUUCAAGGAGAGGAUAACGAGCUGCUUUUGUUUAAUUACAAGGACUUUGACUUACGUAUUGGUGGUAAAAAGAAGUAAGUUAUAUACAAUUAAUGGUGUAUUUCUUUGAAAAAAAACUCGAGACUAAUAGGAGAGGAUAACGAACUGCUUUUGAUUAACUACGAUAACUUUAAGCUGCUCGUUGGUCAGUGGUGAAGAGAAGUAAGUUGUAUACAGUUGGUGUUUUUCCUUGGAAGAACCCGCCUGAGACUUAGGCCAUCCCCUUUACUUACUGUAUUUCUCCUCCUUUAGCGUUGUCCCAUCCUCGGAGACCCAGGGGCAGUCAGUCGGGUCGGGAGAAACGGCGGAACGAAAGUUUUCAAGUAAGGACGGAAGAGCCCCUGGGUACCGACUCUCACCGAACCAUUUCCAAAAAUUCAAACCGAUGCUGGUUCCUGAUUGGGCACAAAAAAUGCUUUGUAUUAUUGUGCCCAAUCGGCGAACAGUUUCUCCUGAGUUAUUUUUGUGUGUUCGUACACGACGGUUAUUGUCUCGCCACAUUUGCCCGGUUCGUUCACAAAGCUUGUGCGUGCAAGGGAAACUUUUACUUUCUACUUCCCUUACUUUCCAGAAACGAAGGAACUACCGAUGAGUCGAAAAAACGUUUGGGAUGCUAUCAGCAGGAGCAAUUGAAUUUGGCCCGAAUAUUCUGUUUUUCGCGGAUCACAAUGUAUCGUGAAUAAUAGGAAGUUUUAUGAUUCGGCGGAGGCAACGAGAAAGUCAAAUAAGCAAUAGCUAGAUAAGGCAAAACAACAACUUUGCACGUGCAUCACGCUUUUUUGUACAUUUCUUUGCCGUCAUCUGCACGACUGCCCGUUAAAAUGCCUAAUUUCACGUUUUGUGAAGGACGUAAACAAGCAAUGACAAAAUUCAUUCUCUUCAUGAACUUGGAUAUGGUUCAGGGGCACCCAACGGCAAUUUUCGGGAAAAUAUCUGUUCGGAAGACGAUUUGAGAUCUAGAAUUUUCGGAGCAUUUGUUGUAAAAUUUCUUACUUGCCUGCCUCUCCUAGGAUUUUCGAACAUCUACAAAAUGGUAUAAUUACCCAUUUUUAACGGAUUUUGACCCUAAAAAAGACCACCUAGAAUUUUCGGGAGCCUUUUCCUCGCUGAAAUUUUCGAGAAGGUAAGUUUUUAUCCCUAUAAUUUUCGGAUCACUAGACUUUCAGCUAGGAAAUCCGAACAGAUGAAAAGUUUUUAGGGGAUAAAAAUAUGCCUAUAUCUACCGUUGGAAUACUAAAAUAAGUUCAACAAUGCUAUGUUAAGUGGUUUUGAACUAUAUCCUCGUUGGGUGCCCCUGAUGGUUGAAAGAAAUUCAGCUCCAGAAGAGUUCGCUUGCAUUUGUCAAAGUAAGCGAGUUGGAAUAAUCACGAUAGAGACUGAACAAAAAUAUAAAUUCACUUUUCCGUGCGACGUUUCCGUCGUGGUAUCUUUUAAAUACUCUCUAUAAAUGUAUUUACGCAAGACGUGGCCGAUGCAAGCGUGAAUACCUGUUGUAAGCGGAAGCUUUUUUUUUUGGAAAAGCGUCUUUAGUUUUCGGGCAGACAGUAUUUUGAAAUCAUAUGGGAAAUCUAUAUCAAACUGAAAGUUUCCUGACUGCGUGCAUUUCUUUGGUGCAUGACCCCGAUAAGCCGUGCAAUAGCCGUCGUGUACGAACACACGAAAAGAACUCAGAAGAUGUGCUCGCCGAUUGGGCACAAUAAUACAAAGCAUUUUUUGUGCCCAAUCAGGAGCCGCCAUCGGCUUGAACUUUUGGAAAUGGUCCGGUGAGAGUCGGUACCCAGGGGCUCUUCCGCCCUUACUUGAAAACUUUCGUCGCGCCUUUUCUCCCGACCCGACUGACUGCCCCUGGGUCUCCGAGGAUGGCGUUGUCCCAACCGACCUACAUUUUUUGACAUUUUCGUCAUAAAACAGGAAUGACGUAAUAAUACCUUUUCUGACUAUAAUUAAUUAUUUUAAUCUGAAAAAUGAGCAUUGUAACAAUAUUUCCAGGCAUAGACGUUAGGGUGAUGUAUCCUUUUAGCUUUUUACAAGGCCCGACCAUUUGACUUUUGAGGGGGGUAUGGGUGAUUUGGUUUGGGUGAGAAUUUUUUUCCCCAAACCCCUGGAGAUAAAAUAUUCUUUCCCGACACACAACAAUGUAAAAUUUUUUCUCCAACGUUAUUCACCAGGAGAGAUACUUUUUUCAGUGUAAGAUUUUUUUGCCCAGGUAUUUCCUUGCAAGAUUUAUUUUCCUUCGAAAUCAGUCAAACGCUUGGCCCCUGAUACCAUGACAUCGAAAUUCAUAUUUUCCGCCAUAUUGAGUUUGUGUCGAUUUGGUGACAAUUUCUUGUUGUUUCCCCACUCCACGUCGAUGAUGCUGGGAUUUCAGGCCUCCUAUUCUCAGACUUCUUGUGAUUUAUUUAGGUCUUUUUAUCCAAACCUCCAGAUCUUACGAAAGGUGAAUUCAAUAAUUGUUUUAAUAAUAAUAAUAGUUUUAUCAUUUAUUCGAAAUAAUUUACACUUUAAGAAUUAACUAGUAAACGAUUCCGUGUGAACAGUCCGAGUUUGGGCCGCUCGCCCGACGUCCUCUUCAGUUUCAGAUUUCCGUUUAACCCAGUAAAUCCAGCCAGAACGUGGAUUCGUUAGGGGAAUUCGGAUCAGGAUACCGGGAAAUUUUUUCUUUUGGAAUCUGAAAUCAGGGAAAUUUCCUGGGCUUUGGAAUCCGGAAUACAACUCAAGGAAUCCGGAAUUCAACUAGCGAUUCGAGUCCGGAAUCCAAGUUCCACUGACAUAAAAUCAGGAAUCGAGUGCCUGGAAUCUGGAAUCCACGGCGUGGAACCCAAAAUCUUGGACAAACAAAUUGUUAAGAAUUGUGCACUUUCUUAUCCACAGAACCCCUAUCCAUCCUGCGGAUUUUGUGCCACAAUGACCUCACCCCUCCCCCCACCCUGGACAAUGUUGUUCAUUCGCGGUCAGAAAUAAUCUAUAAUUUAAAAUUGCUUUUUGGGGGGGGGGGGAGUAUUUUUACUUGCCAGUGCUUUCAAAGGCUUUAUCUUGAAACUAGACAUGGCAACGUCAAUUUUUCUUAACAUUUUUGUCCAAGAUUGCAGAAUCCUAGACCAACUUGUAUCCCCUGACACGGGGUGAUACCGGUAUGAUCCAAUACUGAUUCCUCUUUUUGCCAACAGGAUGAUCGGGGUAUCAGCAAAUGAUGGUAAAUGGCAUGCUAUCUGCGUGACCUGGGACAACGAAAAUGGCACCUAUCAGUUCUUCAAAGAUGGAGCGAUGGAAAAACAAGGGACAGACUUUAUGAAGGGCUACACCAUCAAGGCUGGGGAUCUCUGGUUCUAG